UAUAAAGCAAAGUGUCAAAGUCAUGUUGAAGAUUGAAAUUUUUACAAUUUAUUUUUAUUCGAUUUUGCCUAUCUCUCAUUGCUGAUUAAAACAUGAAGAGCUCAAAGGAGAAAGUUCGAAAAGAUCGUGUAGAAUGGUCUACCAGUGAUCCAGAGUUAAAAUUGCCCAUAAGAAAUUUUAAGAAAAAAGUGCCUGUCAUCAAAAAAUCACCCAAGGACGGUGUUUCGUCUUCAGAAACUAACUUGACGAACUGUGGGAGUAUAGUAGUUCUUCAAGAAAAAGUUGGUCGUGGUGACGAUCGGGCUACUGGCAAUACUGAUAGCAAAAGGACGACCAAGUUUGCAAAAAUAGCGAGUAUGAAGCCGCAAAUACAACGCACUAAGAAAUCGGGACAAGCAUGUUCCGGGAGUGGAAUACCGAGGUUACGGUCAUCCUUUUCGUCAUCGGAUUCCGAUGAUUCUUUAAGAAGAGAGCUAAGUGCUAUAAAUGAUGACACGCGUCGAAGUGCAAGAGUAAUAUUCGACUCACGCCAGAAGCUCCUUAACAUGGUACAGAAAAAAGAAGCACAGCCAGUUGACCUUGAGGAGUUGUGUGAGCGCAAAGACAUUCUGCUCCAGGAGUUGGAUCACAUGGAUGCCAUAACGAAAAAUAUGUGGAAACUUUUUCGAAAUAGGCUUCCUACGACGACCAAGAAAAAUACUAAUUCAAUUCACGAAACGCCUCCAAGUAGACCACCUAUCAGCCACGAGAAGAAAAUUAAUCAGCCUGUACAUUCAGGCACCGAAAUCCCGUCAGCACACGAGCCACCUACUAGAAGUAAAUCUGAAAUCGAUCUCGGUCGAAAAUUAUAUGAAAGUUACGACAUGCAAGAGAAACUCGUAGCGGACAAUGCCAACCUCGAAGUCAAGAGGCACAUUUUGUACAAGGAACUUAUGACGAAGGACCAAAAUUUGGAAAUUUGUCGCGGUCAAAUAAAAAGACUUCAGGGGGAGUUAAAAUUAUUACAUAAAGAAAAUACGACGCUGCACGAAAAGCUUAGUAAAAAUAAUCCUCAGGGCGAUGCGACUCCAAACAAUCAAGACAACACUUUUCAACAGGAUAUAGAUAAUUGCUCACUGAACAAAGAAACUGAAUGUGUGAAAAAUCCAGUCCCAGAUAACCAACAAGAACUUGAAGAAAUUGAAAAAGAAAUUGUACAAUUGAAGAACGAGCUAGAUUGUUUUCGGUUCGACAUGGAUAGUGCUAAGGCAGGUAGCGCUUGUAAAGGCGGAGGCGGUCUUAAUACGUGCUUUCAACAACCUGCUGGUGGUCCUCCGGUGCCUCCUAUGACAAAAGCUUGUGGUGUGUGUCCUCCUUGUCCAGCGCCAUGCAAUCCCAAUUCUCCUCCGACACCCGCCGAAAAAGAAGUUCAGAAACUGACGAUCCAACUCCGGCAAACCGAGGAAAACUUUAAGACUAAAGUGACAGAGUGCGCUAUGCUUCGCGCUGAGGUUCUAAGGAAAAAGGAAGAACUAGAAAAGGAAAGAUGUCAGCACCGUGAAGUUCAGAACAAAUUGCGUGAGCUCGAAAUGAAGUUUGAAGGUUUGGCGAUGACGACCAAUAUGAACCUGGGUAGUAAGGAGCAGGCCUUUGAGCAGGAAGUAAACGUGCGAGGUUUGAAGUUGUGCUACAGAGAGGCGCGAGAGGAAAUUGAUGAACUGAGGAUGCUUAUGAAGGAGCAGAAUGAUCAGCUGCAGGACUAUAGAGUGAAGUACCUUCAAACGCAACAACUCGUGGAGGAGCAGCGUCGUCAAAUGGACAUGAUGGACAUGGAUAACACGAGAAUCAGCGAACAGAUUAAUCUAGAAAUUCAGAAAGUGAAGUUAAAAUUCCAAGAGAAGCUGCAGGAGUUAGCCCCGAUUCCAGAUCUGCUAAAAGCAGCUCAGCUUAAACUAAAAGAUGCACAGCAGUCACAGGCGAUUGCCGAACACAACGCUGAACAGUUGGCAAGGGAACUCAAUUCUGCUAGGGAAAAGGUCCAUAUGCUCCUGCAUAGCAGCCUUAAGCCACCAGAAAAAGCCACAGAAAGGGGUGGUGAUGAGAAACAAAUAGCCCUUCUUCAACAAAGAGUUACGCAAUUGACAGAAUCUAACAUGACGUUGAAGAGUGAGAUUGAAAGACUCAAGGCGAAUAUAAUUCGUAUGGAGGAGUCUGUCCUUGCGAAUGAAAAGCGUUUGCAAGAGAAGAUGCACGAAUGCGCUCAAUUGGGCGGAGAACUUGAUAGGGCCAGGGACGAGGCAGCUAGAGCCUUGCAGAGAGCCAACGAACGCACUGACACUAUUCGCAAGUGUAUGCAAACUACAGUAGCUGAAUUGGAAAGGCAGUUGGCAUCGACUCGAGCUCAAGUCAAAAAUGCAGAGAAAGAUAGAGAAGAGGUACAAAGUCGUAUGCACUGUCAAAUCAAGCGCUUGAAUGAGAACUUCGAGCAGGCACAACUACGUAUAUUUGGACUGCAGUCCCAGGUUCAGGCCCUGAGAAGAACAGCGUCCAGCACUGGCGAAGGAGAUGCGGAGCAGCAGGAGUGCGCCUGCAAAACUUUCUUUGACAACCCUUAAUUCACAAUGCUUUGUGUCAAAAUAUACUUAGUAAUACUCAGGCUAAAAUUCAGUGAAGUGCUAAGUACGAACGAAGUCCAAUAAUAUGCAUGUGCAUGUGUGUGUGGCUUUGAUAGAUGUGUGUCUUAGUUCGCACUUUCACGUGUGCCGUGAUUUUCUAUCACGAUAUUUUAAAGCGUGUUGCAAGUUUUUUUUAAUACUUAAUUGUGAUAUCAGUUUCUAAGUCAACAUAUGAAGAGUGUUGUUGGCGAAAUUUAUUUAGAAAAUGUUUACAUUUCCUUAUGAAUAAUUUGUUUUAUUGUUUUUGUAUUGAAAACAUACAAGUAAACAGUUCACUUAACAAGUCAAUUGGAUUGUUUUUACAUCAUUUUCCUAUGCAAUGUUUUGGUUAUAUGAAAUUUAAGAUUUUUCUUGUUUUAAAUGGCCGUUUAAAAUAAGAUUGAGCUCAGCGCUCUAGACUUUGUCAAGUUAUCUCUCAAUUUUGCAUAGAAAAAUCUUAUUUUAUAUUUUUAAAGUUGUAUUCAAUUACGUUUGUAUUCUUCAUAUAUGUUACAUCGCCCAUAAAAAUAUUAUUUGUUGAUAAAUAAAAAAUGAAAAAUA